CAGUGAAUUCACUAGAUUGAUACCACAGUCUAUGUUAGACUGUGAUUGAUACUAAAAUCUGUGGAGGAGCUGUGUUUGUGAUUCUAGUUUAGAUUGUUUACCUACUGAAAGAGGACAACGAAAAUGUCUAUUCAGUUGCAGUACAUGAAACGUCUCGUGGAUUUGAAAAAACCAACGACACUCGAGAAAAUCGUCACGGAAGUUUCGGAAUGGACGGGAUUGGAUACUGCUGAAUUUUACCUAUUGUACAAUGGCCGUAUAUUGUGUAACACUGACAGCAUUGAAGAUGGGAAUGUGCACAUUAUUCCUAGACUUGUUGGAGGCAAAGGAGGUUUUGGAUCCAUGCUUAGAGCAAUCGGUGCUCAAAUAGAAAAAACAACUAAUAGAGAGGCAUGCAGAGACCUGAGUGGACGACGGCUGAGGGAUAUAAAUGAAGAGAAAAGAUUAAAAAACUGGAUAGCUCAGCAAGCAGAGAGGGAACAGGAAGCAGCAGAAAGACGGCAGAAGAAACUUGAACGACUUUGUUUGGAACCGAAACAUGAAUUUAAGGACAUAAAAUAUGAAGAAGAACGAUCUGUGUUAACAGAAAAAGUUUGUGAUGCUGUUGAACAAGGAUUCAAGGCAUCAGGUAGUGGAAAUGGCUUGAAGAGAAAACAGGAGAGCAAGGAAACGAGCUCAAAGCCAAAGAAAAAGAAAACAUGCUUGUGGAUUGAUGCUGAUAAUGAACUUGACACUGAGGAUAGUGAUGAUUGUCUCAGUGACGAGAAUGAUGGCAGUACAUCAUCAAAAAGUGGUUCUCAAAACAGUUCCAGUCAGUCACAUGAUGUUACGCUACAUUUACCAGAGGCAGUGGCAAGAAAUGACAAAAGGAUAACACAAGCUGUGUAAUAUUAUUGACUCAGUCUCCUUGUAGGAAACCAAGUGAUCGUACUCUAUGUUUUUGUAAAAUAAAAUGUGUAAAAAUAAUUAUUAUACAAAUAUAUUAACAAUUGAAUUGUGUAUGAAUAAUAAAAUAACAGCAUUGUUCAGUA